UCAGGUUAAGACUUGCGUCUUGUCUCACAAGCCAUCUGACUUCAGGCGCGUGGACAACUACCUCCACUUAGACCGAAUACCCAUUAAUACUCCGGUCUCCAGACCACUUCAACAACUAUCUCCGUUCAGGCCGAAUACCCAUUAAUACCCCGCUCUCCAGACCACUUGACAAUUUGCGGCACUUUUACCUGUGUGCAUAUCAAUCGACUCUGAAAUAAGCCUGCUUGAUUCUUCUCUUUUGGAUCAUCUCGAUCAAAUCGACAUAUCGGAUUUGGAAAACUAUGUUUUUUCGAGUUCACCUAGUUCUUCGCCUAGUUCCUCACCCCCGGUUUUAGAGAGAGCUACAGGCAAGAACAUUCGUCUCUCGACCCGUGAGAGAGAGGCUUUGCUUUCUGCAAGGGUUUGCCCCGCGUCAGCUCCCCAGCGUGCCUCGGGCAAAAACCUGCAUCUGUCUGCCCGGGAGAGGGAACAGCUGAUCGCUGCGCACGCUCACAGUCCCGGCUUCGGAGCUCCAGCUCCCCAGCGUGCCUCGGGCAAAAACCUGCAUCUGUCUGCCCGCGAGAGGGAACACGCUCACAGUCCCGGUUUCGGAGCUCCAGCUCCCCAGCGUGCCUCGGGCAAAAACCUAAAUCUGUCUGCCCGCGAGAGGGAACACGCUCACAGUCCCGGCUUCGGAGCUCCAGCUCCCCAGCGUGCCUCGGGCAAAAACCUAAAUCUGUCUGCCCGGGAAAGGGAACAGCUGAUCGCUGCGCACGCUCACAGUCCCGGCUUCGGAGCUUCUCCUCCUGUAUCGGGGCCAAGACAUUCACAGCCCCUGCCUCGGAGAUCCAGUCUAGGGCAUCUCAGAAACAGGAGUGGGAGGACCGUUAGGAGGACCCGUAGGCCUGCCAGCACAAGGAGGACAAGGCAGAUACGUGUACGGCGAGACAGACUUGUUUCCAUUGCUCUCCGAUCAGUUUCGUUGAUCGCUGAAAUAGUUCAGCUCAUCUUGUAAUAAGGUUUUAUUUAAUUUAAUUGUUUUUUAUUUUUAUUUUAUUUUAUUUUUAAAAUAUAUUCUUUGUUAAACAAUAAAAUGGACAACCAGGAACAAGGUAUUCCAGACCCCUUUCUUGCUUUAGAAAUAGAGUUAGCCCGGUUAAAUGAAAACGCAGAUCAUUCACAGAAUACACCUCCGCAGAAUCAUGAACACCCUGAGGUGAUCAAUAAUAAUAAUAACGAUCCUCUAGAACUGAUUGAUUUGGCUCUUGCACAACUAGCCCGUAGUGAAAGUUCCCCCCAAAAUAACACUCAGGAUUCAGGAUUCGAGCAUGUUGAGGCUCAUUCUCAGCAAAACCUUGCCUCUUCUGACCCUUUCGCGGCUCUUAAUAGCGCUUUAGAAGCCUUAGCACAAAUACAGCACGAGGUUCAAAUACCUCCAGAAUUAUUGAGUCAAAUAAAUAGGUUAAAUCAAAAUAUUUUUAAUGAUAGUCAGCAUUUGCUCAGUUCUACACCACGCUGUGAGUCUGUUAACCGCAGUCCACCCCUACCGUUGAUAAACGGUUUCAAUGAGUCUAAUCAACAACAAUCGUCUGAGAUUGUCUCUGUUAACCCCAUGAAUAAUGCGCCCGAUCACCCCUUUCAACAAGGGGGUAAUCCAGACCAGAGCUGCGCCAGCAAUUCACCACAACCAUCUAUAGUUGUCAGAAAUAAAUUUAAUAACGUUCAAAUUAGAGAAAUUUUGAAUUUCCCUCCUCCAAACGAUAUACCUGAUUAUGCACACUAUUAUCAAGGUGUAAUGGGCGGGGCCCGUGAAAUUUCAGACAGGAUUUUCUCCCAGGCACGUCCAGAUGAUCUUAUACAAUUAGAGUUGAUAGGACCUCAGUUGCAGAAUAAUGUUUCAGUCAUUUUAAGGGACAAUCGUGAUUUGAGUGAAUUUGAAAAUUUAUUUCUCAGGGCGGUACAGUCAAACUGGUCAGUAAUGUGUGAGGGCUCGCUCGAGCUUGUAGCUCAGAUCGUUAGACCCCCGUCAGGUAGUGGAAAGAGGAUGCUUAAACACAUACUUCACAAUGAAAUUGUCAGAAAGAAAAGGCGCUUUUUAUAUAUUGUUCAUAACCCCGCAAAUAAGUUAUGUUUUGCUAUAAGUCUUGCCCACCUUCUGCACCCUGAUUUUAACGAUCAACAAGCAGAGGUUUUCGGUAGAGAAAUUCAGCAAAAAGCUGGUCUAAAUGAUCAAACGCCUGUCGGCUUUAAUCAGAUUAUUACAUUUGAAAGGUUACUCGGAUGUAAAAUUAUAGUAUUUUACCGCAACGAAAACGAUCGCAGCCUUUGUAAAUUUGAAACUAGUACACCCAAUACAGAAAAAACCCUUUGUUUAUUUUUAUUUGAGAAUCAUUACUAUGCUAUCAAAAAUCUAAAAGGGUUUAUGGGUACAUCCUAUCUCUGUAAUCAUUGUUAUAUCGGCUACAACCAUGUGUUAUCACAUUUUUGUCGUGCUCGUUGUUCAGUCUGUAUGCAACCUGACUGUAACCAAUAUUCCAUCUCUCCUAUUGUGUGUCAUGAUUGUAAUCGCACCUGUCGGUCUCCCUAUUGUUUCAAGAGCCAUAAAAAACUCGUUGACAGGCGUGAAAGAUCCGCCAGCAACUGUCAGCUCUAUAAAAAAUGUGUCAAGUGUUCCAGACUUUAUUAUUUAGCAGUAAACGAAAAACCUCACAAAUGUCAAAACAGGAAAUGCCCAAUCUGUCGCCAGGAAAUCUCCACUGAUCAGCAAACGCAUCAGUGCUACAUGCAGGUUUUAGAACGCGAGACAAAACACAACAACAAGUUGAUUUUUUACGAUUUUGAAACGUUUGUAAAUCAAACCGGUGAGCACACUCCCUUUCUGGUUUGUACGAGAACUUUAGACGGUAAAUCCUGGAACUGUGUUGGUGAGGACUGUGCAGAAAAGUUUCUCGCUCAUUUUAGACGUCCACUCUUUAAGGGCUGUAUUUUUAUCGCCCAUAAUGCAAAAGGUUUUGACGGGUACCUUAUUUUAUCCCGAAUGGCUAAACAAGGCUUAAAACCACAUUUAAUUAUGCAAGGGUCCAAGGUGAUCAGCUUUACAGACCCAGACUUUAAUCAAAGAUACAUGGACUCCAGCUGUUUUCUCCCUAUGCCCCUGUCAGGUAUCCCAAAAGCAAUGGGAUUUUCAGACAGCGUAAAGGGUUUCUUUCCUCACUCUUUCAGUUCCAGAGAAACUCUAAAAUAUGUAGGCCCCUACCCUCCACCCUCAGCUUACAGCAUAGAGAGAAUGACAACAAAAAGCAGGGAUGAUUUUUACAAAUGGUAUGAUUCAGUCAGCUCCGGUACCUUCAAUUUUAUGAAAGAGGCCCUGUCAUACUGCGAAAACGAUGUUGAGAUUCUAGCUGAGGGAUGCAAAUUGUUUAGAAACGGGUUUAUUGAAGAAACAGGAGUAGACCCUUUCAGCCGCAACACGCUUGCAAGUGCCUGCCUGAAAACUUUUUUAACAAACUUCAUGCCAGCCAAUUCUUUAGCAAUACCAUGUCCCUUAAAUUACCGUAAUCAGGUCAAAUCAUUUUCCUCUGCCUCAAUUCAAUGGCUAGAAUAUCUCUCGUACACGCAAGGUGUUUUUAUCAGACAUGCGCUAAAUCAAGGAGAAAAAAAGCUGGGUGCUUAUUAUUUAGAUGGAUAUGCCCUAAUUAAUGAUAAACCAUAUGUCUGGGAAUUUCUGGGUUGUUACUUUCAUGGGUGUGUUAAGUGUUUUUCAAAUCAGGCCGACAUUAAUCCCUUGUUAGACCUAACUUUUGCAGAGCUAAACAGCCGCACUGAAGAAAAACUGGUUAAAUUGAGAACUGAACAUAACGUGUGUCUUGUUACAAUCUGGGAGCAUGAGUGGACAGAAUUGAAACGUACUGAUGUGAGUGUAAUCAACUUCCUCAAACAUUACGAACCGCCAGAACCUUUGAACCCCCGCGAUGCCCUCUUUGGAGGGCGUACAAGCCCUGCACAGCUGCGCUGCAGUGCAGGCCCUGGGGAGAGAAUCGGUUAUGUGGAUGUUACCUCGCUCUAUCCGUUUGUAAAUAGCACCUGUAGUUACCCCUUAGGACAUCCUCAAAUAAUCUUUCGAAAUUUUCAGCACCCUAAAAACUACUUUGGGUUUAUCAAAGCGGUUGUAUACCCACCCAGAGCACUCUAUUUUCCAGUUUUACCCUAUAAAACUAAGUCAGGAAAGCUUCUCUUUACCCUCUGCCGCACCUGUGCCGAAAUGAACAACCAACAGGGGGUGUGUAACCAUAGCAACGAGGAGAGAGCGCUCAAAGGGGUUUGGACCACUGUAGAAUUUAAUCUUGCAUUAGAAAAGGGGUAUCAAAUAAGUAGAAUCACCGAGGUGUGGCACUUUGAGAAACAGAGUAACACAAUAUUCACAGACUAUGUACAUCAUUUCCUGCGCAAAAAACAAGAAGCUUCAGGCUACCCAUCAGAUGUUGUAACUGAGGAGGAUAAACAGCUUUACAUUAAAGACUACCAGGCUAAGCAAGGCAUCACUUUAGACCCUGAAAACAUAAAACUAAACCCAGCUAAAAGACAAAUGGCCAAACUGUGUUUAAACUCUUUUUGGGGAAAAUUUGGCCAGAGAAAUAAUCUCACACAGAGCAAACUGGUGAGUGACCCCGAGGAAUUCUUUAAUCUGAUGUUUUCUCCAAAAUACAAAGUGACCUAUUUCUCUUUUGUCAGUGACGAUGUAGCGCUUAUUCAAUGGUGUUAUGGCGAUCUAUGUACCCCAUUGCCAAACUCCACAGAUAACAUCUUCAUUGCGGCCUUCACUACUUCAUAUGGGCGUAUGAAACUCUACAGUUAUUUGGAUCAGUUGCAGGAGAGAGCAAUUUACUACGAUACUGACAGUGUUGUUUAUCUCACCAAACAAAAUCAAUCUCAACUAGAAUUAGGUAGAUAUUUGGGUGACCUCACCAAUGAACUAGAGCAGGAUGAUUUCAUUACAGAGUUUGUUGCAGCUGGACCCAAAAGCUAUGGCUAUAUGACCAAAAAAGGUAAAGUUGUCUUGAAAGCAAAAGGGAUCACACAAACACACGAUGUCUGCGAAAGGGUCAACUUUGAAUCUGUGAAAAACCUGGUUGACAAUUACAUUGAUAACAGUGAAGGAGGGCCUACACUUGAGGCACCACAGCACACUAUCCUUCGUAAUAAAACUGGGUUUGCACUGAAAAAUUCAUCAUUCCCAAAAAAAUUCCGGGUUGUUUAUGACAAGCGUAGAUUGCUGCCAGGAGGUCUGACUUUGCCCUUUGGUUAUUGAUUAUUCUUUUGUUUUUGUUUUUUUUUUUGUUUGUUUGUUUGUUUGUUUUUUUUUGUUUGUUUUUUAAAUGUUUCAACCUACUUUAAUCGAGUUUGAUCCCAGACUUCAUGUGCCAUUUUCCUGUAUGGUUGUUGGGCCAAGUGGUUCGGGAAAAACGUUUUUUGUCAAAUCUGUAUUGGAAAACUGUGUACAUGUUUUGAACAAGCUUAUUGACAAUGUUGUGUGGGUUUAUACAUCCUUUCAGCCUCUGUAUUCUGAGCUUCAAGAGAAAAAUAAAAGCAUUAAAUUCAUUGAAGGUCUGCCUGAAUCUUUUGAAGAUGAGAGCUUGUUUCCCUCACACCAAAGUCAUCUCAUUGUACUGGAUGAUGUUAUUUUUCAAGCAGCUAAUCAUCCAGAAGUAGUUAAGAUUUUCACGCAAUACAGGCAUCAUAAAGAUAUGAGCGUAAUGUUUUUGACACAAAAUGUGUUUUUACAAGGCAAACACAGCAGGACGAUCAGUCUGAACAGUACUUAUAUGGUGUUAUUUAAAAACCCUCGUGAUAAAUUACAAGUUAAUACACUAGCUAGACAAAUAUGCCCAGGACGUGUGCAUUUCUUUUUGGAGAGUUUUGAAGAAGCCACGAGAGAGCCACACGGAUAUUUAUUGAUAGAUUUAACCCCCACCUGUCCAGAGCAACUAAGACUGAGAACAGGGAUACUACCCUCAGAACAACUGUGUGUUUUCUUACCGAAGAAAAAAUAACAGAAACAAUGUCUGUAAGAUUGAGAAGAAACUUUGCUUUGCUGAAAACACUAACCAGAAGCUCGCCUAAAAUUCGUAAGGUUAUUUUACAAGAAUGCCCGCCUGAUUUAAUUCAGGCUAUUUGUGAGAUUUGUAUGAAUCUCUUAAAAGGAAAUAUUCCAAUCACACAAUGCCAGCAUCAUAAGCUGAAACGAUAUAAGGAGAAGAUCAGACAAAUGGCAUGCCGAAAGGCUGGAGUUAGGAAGAAGAAAAAAUUAUUGAAUCAAAAAGGAGGUUUUCUUUUACC